ACCCUCUCCUCAGAAUAACUGAUGCACGGGCAGCUGUUGUCUCUUUCUCUCUCUCUUCUCCCCCCACACUCUGUGCGUGUGUGUGUGUGUCUCUCUCUCUCUCCCUCUUUCUAAACUCACUCACUUUUUUAAACUCCUCUACUCAGCUCACUUUCUCCCAUACUUCUCUCUUCACAGUAGGUCUAUUCAUUUCUCUCCCCUCCUCUCACACUCUUUCUCACACACACUCUCUCUCACACACUCUCUCUCUCUCUCCCUCCCUCCCUCUCCCUCUCUCCCUCUCCCUCUCUCUCUCCCUCGCUCUUUCAUAAAGAACAGUCCUCUGGAGGCACUUGUGUAAGCGCGGGCAGUGAGAGCGCAGGACGACAUCAGCGCACCGCUCUCUCUCUCUCUCUCUCUCUCUCCAGCACCACGCUGCUCACCGGACAGUGCGGCCAAGGGAAGCCGCAAACCUAAAACGCCACAAACCAGCGAAACUUAAAACUUAAACCAAACAAACAAACACGCGAGCAAACAAACAAACGAAUCGCUUGGAUUUUAACUUUAAAGCUGCCGGCGGAACGGCCCAGAGGAAAACCAGCUGGAGAAGUCUUUUCUGUACAGGACAGCAGGAAAGGGAGGGAUUGGAGAGAGUUAACCGACCGCAGAGAGAGUGUGUGUGUGUGUGUGUGUGUGUGAGAGAGAGAGAGAGAGAGAGACAGAGAGAGAGACAGAGAGAGAAAGAGUGUGUGUGUGUGAGAGAGAGAGAGAGAGAGUGUGUGUAAAAAGGGAUCUGGACACAGAGAGCGCGAGGUAGAGGAAGGAGGAAGAGGAACGAUGCCAGGUGCAGUGGACGCUCGAUGGCCGCUCCUGCUGCCCGGUGGCUUUGCGCUGCUGCUGCUGCUGCUCCUGUGUGCCGGGGAGGGACAGACCCGACGCCUCAGGAAGAGAGGACUCAACCAGAAGGACUAUGAGUACCCGAGCCAGUCCCAGUCCACGCAGUACCAAAAGAAUGACCGGUGCCCGCCACCACCACAGAUGCUGCCGGAGCGGGCAUGCGAGGUGCCCGGCUGCCGCUCGGACUCGGAAUGUGAGCGCCACAAGCGCUGCUGCUACAACGGCUGCAUCUACGCGUGCUUAGAGUCCGUGCAGCCGCCACCAGUGUUGGACUGGCUGGUGCAGCCCAAACCUCGCUGGCUGGGAGGCAAUGGAUGGUUGCUGGAUGGGCCAGAGGAAGUUCUGCAGGCGGAGGCCUGCAGCACCACAGAGGAUGGCGAUGAGCCCCUUCACUGCCCCACGGGGUACGAGUGCCACAUCAUCAACCCUGGCAACCCAGCCGCAGGCAUCCCCAACCGGGGCCAGUGCAUCAAGCAGCGAGGCAACUCAGAUGGACGCAGCCUAAGACACAAGUAUUACAAAGAUUACAAGGACUACAUAGGGACCAACUCCAAUAAUGCAGUGGCCUAUGAAAAACAUCACCACAAACACCUGGGUUAAGGUGAGGUGACACAGCUAUGCAGUGGAAGGGUUCUGCAUUCCUACAAGUGGACUUCAGGCUCCUUCUCCUCCGAACCUCAGAGCCACCACAUGCCAAACAACUUGCCCGCUCGACAGCAUCAGGCAGCACAAGCCUGCCUGCGCUCUCUCAUUCUGGUACUGGCCACAUCUCCUCCGACUGACCUCAAGUUCAUGGACACAUCAACCAACAACUCAACAUCUCCUACCUCUUCAACAGCCAAAUAACAAUGGAAACAAAGAGCCGAAAAAACAAAACAAAAAGAACACAGAGAAAGUGCAACAGUAUGGGCUACGGGCUGAAACCAAAGUUUCAGUACCACACACACACACACACACACACACACACACACACACACACAGAGAGAGCAGCAAACUUCACAGAGACAGAUCGCAACAUGAUAGAAAGUUGUCAGCUUAGACUUGGGAAAUGAAAUACAUGCCAAAGCACCUUUUCCCUGAUCCUCAACACCGGCUGUAAACCAGGAACACGUGUGUCAGUUAACACACGUUAAAACAGGCAAGCUCUACACAACUCCCAAGGCCAGUAUUCCUCCGUUCACAUGAUCACACUGUAAAAGACACACACACACACACACAGGCCUGAAGCAGUGUGUGAGUGGGUCAGCAGGAAAUGAAGACCAUGUGGCAUUUCUCACUUCUUCUCAAGACCUCCUGGGUCACAGGAUGAAGAGCCACACACACACACACACACACACUCACACAGAGGAAUUUAGGAAACUGACUCUGGACAACUGUGAGGUCCAGAGCCACAGAGACGCCAGAGGUUAACCUGUAGCGCACACACACACACACACACACACUCACUCACCUCUGACACCAAUAACACCAUUUUAGGCCCUUUCAGAGGGCCAGUCUAAAACCCUCUCUUUGGUCUUCACAUUAAAAGGACAAAAAGAUUUAACCCUAACACAAAAACGCCUCUAAAUUACAACCCACCACCUAUAAAUCUGACCUUUUUCAAUCUUUUGAAGUGAUUCAAACUAAUUCGUACCCAUCAACCAUCUCUUUCAUCGCUCUCCUGUACCAUGGUGCUAAAGUUGACCGUAGAUUGAUAAGCUCACAAGACACGGCUCAUGCCGGUCCCGAGGCUCCUCUCUAUACUACCGUAAUUUCCCGACUAUAAGCCGCGUCUUAUACAUUGAUUUUGCAAAAAGAAGUCCACUAUGAGGUUAACACAGAGGGGCAGUUAAUAUGGUGCUAAUAUGGUUUUGUUUCUUUUAACUUGCAUAAAACACUGUCCUGCGGCUUAUACACAAUGCGGCUUAUAUGCGGGAAAUUACUGUAUAAGCUAUCUCAGGCUCUAAGCUUCCAGGGGCUUCUCUCUCUCUCUCUCUCUCUCCGAGAUGACCCACGCACAGGCCGCAAGGCCAGGAGCGGCUCUGCUCUCCGCGAGAUCCGUCAUUCUCUGGUGCUGCGUCUGGACACUACCGACUCCAAAAUCGAAUACACGGAACGAAUGCUAAAACCACGCGGUUCAUUGUUACUGACAGGAAUUUGCAAUAAAGUACUGA